UCCAUCCUUAUGCCACUAAAACUCUUAAUAUUUUUUGCUUAAACUUUAGAAGGACUGGAAAGAUUCAUUACUUAUUUGUCUUGAAGAACUUUUGUACUCAGGCAUUGUUAUACAAUAUGGCUGCAUACCUAGGAAUAAUAUUGACAAUUGCUUUUAUUAAUCAAGUGUACUCCCAGUGCAGCGAGCCAUGUCUUUAUGAUGAAAUAUGCUCACCUGAUGACUCAGAAAUUUAUUCCUGUUAUUGUAAUGGAACCAUGUACAAUAUUUCCCCUAAUCCAGAUUUUCCACUACUGCUUAGUGCAGCACCAGUUUAUUGUGGUCCACAACAUUUUGCAAUAGGUAUAACACCAUGCAUGUUUCGUAAUAUGUAUCAGUAUAUGAUUCUUCAGCCAGAUGAAGACCCCACAGACAAUCAGUGCUUUGACAGCACAAAUGGAGACCUAUUUGCCAUUGUUCAAUAUCAGUUCAAUUUCAGUUCAACAAACGGUAAUUGCCAAGCAGUGACAUCAGUGAAUUCCACUCAUAUUACCUAUAGUGUUCCAGUCUGGUUCAGAUACAAUAACACUGGAUCACAGGUUAUACUUCAUAAUGACAUCAGGGUGACCUACAUGUGCUCUUAUCCAGUGACAAUGAACUCAAGCCUUGAUUUUGGUCUAUAUCCAGUAGUAAGCACCAAUAACAUAACUGUGAGUGGAUCUGGGACCUACACCACUACGAUGCAGCUGUACAAGUACUCUAAUUAUACCGGUCCCUACACAAAGACUGACCUGCCAAUUUCCUUAGCAAUAGAGACACCUUUAUACAUUGGAGCAAGUGUGCUGGGAGCUGAUUCAAGAUUUUCUUUGGUGCUAAUUUCCUGCUAUGCAACUCCAACAAAUAAUGCAGAUGAUACAAUAAAAUACAAAAUCAUCAGUGAGAGCUGUCCAAUACCAGGAUCUACUGGUGUCUCACUGAAACGUGUUGGAGAUGGUCUUACGGAUCUUUUUUCCAUUAACCUAUUUAAAUUUACCAGUGCUUCACAGGUUUACCUGCACUGCAGCUUUUCCCUCUGUCUUGGAAGAUGUGUUCCGGUAAGCAUUUACCAGUUUAAAGCUAUCUGCAUCAAUGUGCUGUGUUAUUCCCAUACUAUAUUUACCAGUGUGCACAGUAAACAUAUAAAACCAUACGUCAUUGUUUGA